GAGCACGUUGUAGCAGGGAAUCUCCUUUGGAGCAUUUCCAGUUCCCGGUCCCAAGGCAACCUGAACAACCAACACCUUGAUUAUCAUCAAAUGAGGUGAAGUCAAGGAUACAAUUUCGCCGAAGAUUGCACAAAAUUAGAGUCAUUCGUGAAGCCUCAAGCUAUGACUGAACCAGUUAAUGGAGUGUGCAGCACAGCUGAGCGUCAGAGAGACGAUCUUAAUGGCCAGUUCACGGCCUUUUUAGACCUGGCUCUAGAGCCCUUCGACGAAACUGUUACCAAGUAUCCUUCCACAUAUGUCAGAUCAUUACCUUCGAAAAAGAUGCGGCAAAUAUUCAUCGAUGCGUUGAAUCUAUGGUACCAGGUGCCCGACCCAGAAAGGGAAAUCUUAACGUCUGCAAUUGACCUUCUUCAUAACUGCUCAUUGAUGCACGUUGGAAAUAUAUAUAAUCGCAUUCUGGAGGAACUCCGAUUGGGACACCUAGGUCCAGCUCAGGAGCUUUACUGGACGUACCAUGGCAUCUCCCAUCCAAGGAGGACUAUUUCAGAAUGAUUGAUGGCAGUCUGUUGCCCUCGUCAGGUCGAUUCUUUCAGAUUCGAGACGACUAUCAGAACUUGGUGUCCGCCGAUUACUCUGAACAAAAGGGCUUCUGUGAAGACCUCGAUGAGGGAAAGUUCUCUCUUUGCCUCAUCCACGCCUUUCGUACGAAGGACCCUGAGGUCUAGAGC